CAACCACGCCUGUCGCACCAGGCGAUAGUUGACAUCAUCUCCUUCCCGGCAAUGACGGCAAGGACGUGCGCUGGCCUGCGUACUGCCUCGAUGUUGCGUUGCCAAUCAACUGCGUGCGAGACGAGCUGCCUGAGAUGAUGAUGCUCGGCGGGUAGGCGCCUUCUUGAACGCUCUUUCCUCCCUGGGACGUCGGUGCCAACCAAGCCUUCACUACAACACCGAUGCCUCCGCUACGCGAAAACCUCCCGUCGACACGACAGCCCACGCCGCCGGCUCUGGGAAUACCACCCUUUUAACCCACUACCGUCUCUACCUAAGACAAAUUUUAUUCUGCAUCGUCUGUUGACUGUUCAAAAUAUGGGUCGCAGUGUCCACGCGCCCCUCUUCUCAGCCGUAUUGUCGUCGUUGGCCGCGAGCGCAGAUCUCCGCCGCCGUCUGCUCUCUUUCGUCGAAAUUCGUAUAGGAUCGUCACAUGCGUUGGACCCUGCGGCGCUCCCUGUAGCUCAAUUCACCACUCCCUGUCACAAGAAAUUUCUUUGUGUCUGCUCAAUGCGCGCAUUGUCAAGGCGGCAAUGCUUCUGUGCUCACUAGCCACUGACGCACUGUGUUCGACGCACCUCACCGUUUUGACAGCCCACGCCAUCCUCUUCUCUCAAACCAACAGUCAGUGAGGCAACCUCGUAUUAAAUUACCGUGUAACUUGGGAACGCUGCAACCGUCCAUUGUUCCGUCCGCACGAAAAGCCAUGUCGCCGAGCCAAGCCCUUGCAAACUCGUGGUGGGAGCACACUAUUCCACUGAAAGGAAUCUCUUCCGGACCCCCUACCUAUGGGAGAAAUGUCGCAAUUCACCGCCGCAAAAUCGUCUCUUUCUUUUUCUCUGAGCGUUGAGCAACGGUGAUCAACACGUUAAUGACAUUACACGCCGGAAAGCUUAACUUCCAUGUCUCACUUGACGACGGCCUGACACACGGAACCUUUUCUCUUUGGUUGACGUCCAAGAUCUUCCCGUCUUCAAUAAUCUCUCGCUCAGCUAAGGUCGUGCAUUGAGG